UCCGGGACACUCAGGAUGCUGCCCGUCACGGAACAUCUGCUGCGCCUGCUGGGACUGGAGAAGACCACCUUCCGCUUAUAUGCCGUGUCCGCGCUCCUCCUCUCCCUGCUCUUCUUCCUCUUCCACCUGCUGCUGCGGUGCCUGCGGCUCUGCUGGCACUUCUACGUCACCUGCCGCCGGCUGCGCUGCUUCCCCCAGCCGCCCCGGCGCAACUGGCUGCUGGGCCACCUGGGCAUGUACCUCCCAAAUGAGAUGGGCCUCCAGGAUGAGAAGAAGGUGCUGGACAACAUGCACCAUGUGAUCUUGGUGUGGAUGGGACCUGUCUUGCCACUGGUGGUUCUGGUGCACCCUGAUUACAUCAAACCCGUGGUGAGCGCCUCAGCCGCCAUUGCCCCCAAGGAUGACCUUUUCUAUGGCUUCCUGAAGCCUUGGCUAGGGGAUGGGCUGCUGCUCAGCAAAGGUGAGAAGUGGAGCCGGCACCGCCGCCUGCUGACUCCCGCCUUCCACUUUGACAUCCUGAAGCCCUACAUGAAGAUUUUCAACCAGUGCACCAACAUCAUGCAUGCUAAAUGGCGGCGCCUGGCGGAGGGUCCAGUGGUCUCCCUUGAUAUGUUUGAGCAUGUCAGCCUCAUGACCCUGGACAGUCUUCAGAAAUGUGUCUUCAGCUACAAUAGCAACUGCCAGGAGAAGAUGAGCGAUUACAUCUCGGCCAUCAUUGAGCUGAGUGCGCUGUCCGUCCGACGCCAAUAUCGCCUGCACCACUACAUCGACUUCAUCUACUACCGCACUGCAGACGGGCGGCGCUUCCGGCAGGCCUGUGACACCGUGCACAACUUCACCACCGAGGUCAUCCAGGAGCGGCGGCUGGCGCUGCGCCAGCAGGGGGCCGAGGCCUGGCUCAAGUCCAAGCAGGGCAAGACCUUGGAUUUCAUCGAUGUGCUGCUCCUGGCCAAGGAUGAAGAUGGAAAGGAACUGACAGAUGAGGACAUCCGAGCUGAGGCGGACACAUUCAUGUUUGAGGGUCACGACACAACGUCCAGUGGGCUCUCGUGGGUGCUGUUUAACUUGGCCAAGUACCCAGAGUACCAGGAGAAGUGCCGGGAAGAGAUCCAGGAAGUCAUGAAAGGCCGGGAGCUGGAGGAGCUGGAGUGGGAUGACCUGACGCUGCUGCCUUUCACCACUAUGUGCAUCAAAGAGAGCCUUCGCCAGUUCCCACCCGUGACCCUGGUCUCCCGCCGCUGCACGGAGGACAUCAAGCUCCCGGAUGGGCGCAUCAUCCCCAAAGGAAUCAUCUGCCUGGUCAGCAUCUAUGGGACCCACUACAACCCCACAGUGUGGCCUGACUCCAAGGAACUGCAUCGGACAGAGCUUCGCAAUGGCCGAGAUGCGCGUGGCCGUGGCGCUGACUCUGCUGCGCUUCCGCCUGAGCGUGGACCGAACGCGCAAAGUUCGGCGGAAGCCGGAGCUCAUAUUGCGCACGGAGAAUGGCAUCUGGCUCAACGUAGAGCCCCUCCCUCCGCGGGCCUGAGCCUGAGCGCCGGUGCGCCCCUGCGGAGCCCGGGGCCUAAGCCCCGCCUAGAGGCCGAAGCCCCGCCUUCGAGGGACCAGACCACGCCCCUAAGUCCUGUGGACAUAGGCCACGCCCCUCGAAGUCCAGGCUCCGCUCAGGGGGAUCGGGGGGCUCCACUGAGCAGCGGGCAGGUGCAGGCCACGCCCCUCACGGCAAGGCCACGCCCCUUGAGUUCCGGGACCCACCCACCGAGUGCUGUCCUCUGGUUUGAGGGCCAGGCUAGGCCACACCCCUUGGGCCCAGACCCCGCCCCCAGCAUCCUGCGGCUUCAGGUCUUCAGGCCUCUUCCACGGAGCCUUCUAAGACUCUAAGGGCCAGACAUCUAAAGCAUCCUGGAUUCAAGCCCUGCCCCACGCGGAUCGGACGGGCUUCUAAAUGGAGGACUUGGGAGCUGGAGCCCGCGGUCAGAGCCUUGAACCUGGAUAUCGCCUUCCUGAAGCCCCCAGCUCGCAUGGGCGAACUUCUCAGGCAUCAGGCUACCUCCUGUGGCCCUGCUGUUUGCUUUUCUUGUUUUGUAAACUUGAACCCUCCUUCCAAACCUCUUCCUCCCUUACUCAAAGGCCCUUUGCUAAGGAUGUUGAUUUUUGUAGAAUAAAAGCAAGGGAUACAGACAUCCACCAUCAUC